UCGAGGGGAUCAUUUCUGACAUGUUGGAGGGUUGGUACUGUCGGACCAUGAACGAGGAAGCCCAGCGCAAAACCCCGCUCAUGACCAUGAUAGAGCAAACGCAACCCAACGCGCUCGUAUCCUCAAUGAACGAGGAAACGCAGCACAUGAAUCCCAUGAUUUCGCUCACCAAUGAAGAGCCACAGCCGCAGACUUCCUCUAUGAUGUCGAUGGUAAAUGCGGCAACACAGCAACGCAACGCCGCCGCAGCGCCUACCGGAAACGAACAGCCAGCGGUCGAUGGGAACACCAGCGUAGAAGAAAACACUGAUGAGGAGGACUCCGGCACAUCCUAUACCAAUUGGAAGGAACUGUACACCGAUUUGAAAAGGAAAAUGAAAAUUCUUAUCCGUGAAAACAUCUAUUUUAAACAGACUUUGGCGUUUCACCAGAAUCGUUUGCUGACAGUUAUACGCGAUCGUUCGUUUUUGCUUGAUCAGUUGCUAAAAUAUGAGUAUCCGGAGAUGACGUCGUCCGACAGUGAUGAAACGGUGGAGUCGGAUAGUUCAGUAAAUGUUGUGGAGCAGCCGGCGAAAAAGCGUAAGACGGAAGCGUCCUCAUCACAGAGCGCUGUUUCCGUAAUGAAACCACCGGCUGCGCCGAAGCGCACCAAAAAGGUAACCAAAAAGCAGCAACAGCAGCAGCUGCAGCAACAACAACAGCAACAACAGCAGAAGCAACAACAACAGCAGAAGCAACAACAACAGCAGAAGCAACAACCACAGCAGAAGCAACAACAACAGCAGAAGCAACAACAACAGCAGAAGCAACAACAACAGCAGAAGCGGCAACAACUGCAGAAGCAACAACAACAGCAGCGGCAACAACAGCAACGACAACAGCAGCCGCAACAACAGCAGCCACCACAACAGCAGCCGCAACAACAAGUAUCAGAACCGCAGGAACAAAUUGCUGGGCAGGUGUUACAGAUGCCUUCGCAUCUCACUGUGCAACAUCAACAACCUGAUGCGCAACAGCAGCAACAGAUGUUACAGCAAACAGAACAGUUGUCACAGUCUUCGCAAGAUAUGUUGGACCAACUGCCACCAGAGGAUCAACUGCUUCUGCACAUGCAGCAGGACAAAUUAAUGGAUUUGAUCAAACAAAUACCGCAAUCGCAGCAACUGCUGCAGGCAUCUCAGCAGCAACCCCAGCCACAGCAGCAACAACAACUGAUGCAGCCACACGGCUCACAAAUAUCGCAGGCUCAGCAACAGUUGCAGCAGAUGCAACAGCAGCAGCAACAACAACCCCAACAGCAGCAGAUCCUGCAAGCGCAACAGCCACCCCAGGUUGUACAGGCGCCGGUGCUGGUGAAUCAUCCACACAUGAUGCAGCUACAAGUGAUGCAACAAACACCACAAUCCCAGCAUCAAACCCAGGUGCAGCAAUUUCUGAACAAUCCGGCGCCACAAGGUUUACCACCGAUCAGACAGCAGCAACAGCAACUCCGGCAGCAUCAUCAGCUCGACCAGAUGGAGUUACAGCAGCUGCAGCAGCACAUACUGUUCCAGCCUUCCACGUACGUCCAGCAACCGGCAACGAGCAGUGCGUACCAGUUUCCGCUCUCGAUGAUGUCGCAGGUGCCGGCGGAGCUGCUCGCCACCGCUUCCUACACCGACAUAGAGACGUCCAUGCCCGGUGACGACGUAUCGAUGGAGAGUCAAAUGACGAAGGAGGAACUCGAGCGGCAUCUGCAAUCGCGACAAACGAUGCCCCAGGUGAUACCGGAAGGCGAGCUACCGAUCGAAAUGUUUAGCAACAAUUCAUCCACCGAACCGCAUGAUCAGCUAAACUAA